AUGAUUGAGGACAAGGGUCACCGCGUUACCGACUACUUUGUGGUGGCCGGCCUGACAGAAAAGUCCACGCCGCUGGAACAGGACCUGUCUGAGACCAAGUCUGGUGGAUUCAAAGGACCCAUCACAGACCUGGCUAUCAUUAACAAAUCAGCAGGUGAAACCGUCCCUGAGGGGUUCACCUGCAUCGACAGCACCUACAGCGGCCAGCCAGCCAACCUCAACCAUGGCAGUCUGAAGAGCCCCGAGUUCUACCUGUGCUACAAACGAGGGCGAGGAAAACCUCCGCUCAUCGAUGUCGGAGUGCUGUAUGAGGGGAAGGAGCGUCUGAUUCAGGGCUGCGAGGUCAUCCAGGUCACUCCGUACGGCCGCUGCGCUAACGUCAACAACAGCUCCGCCACCUCGCAGCGCAUCUUCAUCACGUUCCGGCGAGCGCAGCCCGUCCAGCCUCAGAAUUCCCUGGCGGUGACGGACAUCUGCGUCAUCAUCACCAGCAAGGGAGAGACGCCGCCGCAUACCUUCUGUAAGGUGGACAAGAACCUCAACUGUGGCAUGUGGGGCUCCAACGUGUUCCUGUGUUACAAGAAGUCGGUAUCGGCGUCAAACUCUCUAAGUUACAAAGCAGGUCUAAUCUUUCGCUACCCUGAAGAGGACUAUGAGGCUUUUCCUCUGUCAGAGUCUGUCCCCCUUUUCUGUUUGCCCAUGGGCGCAAAGAUCGAGUGUUGGGCGCCAAACACUCCCAACCCUCUACCCGUCUUUUCCACGUUCGUCUUAACUAUCAGCUCUGGUGAAAAGGUGUAUGGGUCAGCCAUCCAGUUCUACGAGCCGUACCCAGUCGAUCUUCUGAGUGAGAAGCAGAAGAUCCAGCUGGGUCUGCUCACCGCGGUGGAGAAGAAAAUGAUCCCCAACCGGUCUGUAAACUCCAACAAAUGCAUCUGUCUGCUCUCCCGCUGGCCCUUCUUCGAGUCCUUUCGCAAGUUCCUGAUGUUCAUCUACAAGCUCUCAAUCUCGAGCCCGCACCCGCUGCCUAUUGAAAAGCACAUCUCGCACUUCAUGCACAACGUGUCGUUUCCUUCCCCUCAGAGACCCAGAAUCCUUGUCCAGCUCUCGACACAUGACACUUUGAUCCUCUCCCAGCCCGUGUGUACUCCAUUACCACUCAGUGGGGCUGACUAUGGCACUCUGCUGAUGAAUCUGGGCUCAGAGAACUGUGCCACACUGCUGCACUUUGUUCUGAUGGAGAACAAGAUCCUGCUGCACUCGCUCAGACCCGCCGUGCUCACCGGAGUGGCAGAGGCCGUGGUAGCUAUGAUCUUCCCCUUCCAGUGGCAAUGUCCAUAUAUCCCCAUUUGCCCACUGUCCUUAGCAGACGUCCUCAACGCCCCGUGUCCCUUCAUCGUGGGUGUCGACUCCCGUUACUUCGACCUGUAUGACCCCCCGCCAGACGUUGUCUGUGUGGAUCUGGACACCAACACUAUCUACUUGUCUGAUGAGAAGAAACACAACAACUGGAAGAAUCUCCCAAAGAAACCCAGCAAGAGUCUGAUUAACUCGUUGAGCAACCUGCACCACCAGCUGGCCACAGUGCAUCGGUCUCCACAAGAGGACUUGGCAUUGGACUUGACCCCCAUCGAUGUCGACUUCACGUGGCACAAGAAGAAGAUGGCUCUGGAGAUGGAGAUCCAGGAAGCCUUCCUCCGUUUCAUGGCGUCCAUCAUGAAGAGCUACCGAGGCUACCUCAAACCCAUCACCGAGGCACCGUCCGAGAAGACCACGGCUGCAGACUCCCUUUUCGACCUGCAAGAAUUUCUGAAAAGUAGAGACCGGGCUCAUCAGAAGUUCUUCUCCCAACUCACCAAGACCCAGAUAUUCAUCCGCUUCAUCGAGGAGUGCACCUUCGUCAGCGACAAGGACACAGGCUUGGCGUUUUUCGACGACUGUGUGGACAAGCUUUUCCCCCCUGAUAUAAUCACUGGCAAGGGUACCAAGCUUGAAAAGGAAUCGUCUGAAGACACCAAACUGCUGGAGCUGGACGAGUCUCAGAAGAGCGAGCACACGGUCUUUGUCAUGCCUCCCGAGCCACCGCCUGAUAACGGGCCAGAACCUGCUCCUUGCUACACCUAUAAAGGUUUCCCAAAGCUGCAGCUGGAUCUGUUUGACCGUCCCAGAGAGUUACGCCCCGCACUGAGCAGCAGAACAGCGGGGGCCAGUCUGUCCAGCAGUCCUGCUCUGCUGACUAAGAGAACUAAGCAGGAGAUCAAGCUGGCGUACAAGAUGGCGAAGCGUUUCUACGCCAGGCAGCAUCUGUGGGGCCGCUACCUGUUCAGCCACAGUUACAGCCUGUGGUUCAUCUGCCUGCCUGCGAGGGUGCGACUGGCUAAGUCCAAGCAUCUGGCCAUGCAGCAGGCCUACAACAUGCUGCUGAGGAUGAGGGCCGCUGAUGUGGAGGUUCUGGACGAGGUGUGCUACAGGGUGGUGAUGCAGCUGUGCGGUGUGUGGGGUUUUCCUGUGUUGGCUGUGCGAGUCCUGGUUGAGAUGAAACGAGCUGGAGUACGACCCAACGCCAUCACAUACGGAUACUACAACAAGGCUGUGUUGGAGUGCCCGUGGCCAAAACAAUACCGGAGCGGCAUCUUCAUGUGGACCAAGCUGCGUAACGUCGUUCGGGGCGUGGCCCAGUUCAGACAGACUCAAAACUACACGUCGUCCAAGAAUGGAGCCGAGAUAGUGUCCACAGAUGCAUCGCCAGAGAGUAUUGACGAUCUGAGUCAUGGAAGUGCUCACAGCUCAAGGGAAGUCAACGGCGAGGAACAUAACGAGGACGCAGCAGACAGCUACAGUAAUACUGGAAGGCAGUCGGAUCAGGGAUACGGGUCCAAGGAUGAGUUGCAUCAGGAGCUGGCAGAGCCUUCACAUACAGAUGUUGAUCCAGCUGAGCAGAGAAAUGAUAAACCGGCUCAUGACGUAGGAGACGUUGCUGGCUCCGUGGACAGUGCAGUAGCAGUGGCAGAGCCCAUCAGUCCUGUUGAAGUGUCCUCGCCUGUCCCCAGUAUCGUCAGACUGUCCACUGGCACCUUUGACGGCGGUAGAGAAACAACAACAGGAAAAUUGUUCAGAAGACACAGUAGGAAAGACAGCAUGCCUGAUGAAGAUUCCUCGCUUACAGCUGGCGAUGCAGCUAACCCGACUCAGCAGCAGCGUCAGAAGAGCUUCUCCGAACGCAGCUGCAGCUUCAGCGCCGAGACUCGAGCUGGAAUGCUCCUGGAGAAAGACGUGGAUCACAUGGCCAGUCAAAUGGGCGCAGAUGCUCAUAUUCUGGCCGGGGCGCUCUCUGGGGCUCAGAGUCCAUCGUCCAGCAGCUCGCCCAAAGCUCUUUUUGAAGACCUGGAGGAAGAGCCCGAAGAACAAAGGGGCUCAUCUCAUAAAAAGCCUUCAGCAGAGACUGACACGAGAGUGUCGGAGGAAAGCAAGGGAGAUGAAAACGAGGUGACGCACGACAGGAAGCAAACUGAAACACAGGAGGAGGAACCUGGGGUGCGAGGAGCUACCUUGGAGAGGGCCGAUGUAGAGGUUGGGGCCGACCCGCUCUCCCUCCUGGUGUCAGAGAGUGAAGAAUCUGCUUCUGUUUGCAGCCAGGAGCCGCCACGGUCUGUGCCGGUUGUAGUGGCCCGUAACCUGGCUGAGGAGAUCGAAAUGUACAUGAAUCUGAGAAGCCCCAUGGGAGCCAAGUCCUCCAGCAUGGAACUGCAACAGUCCCAGGCAGACUCUGCUGGCAGCCCUCAGUCCCUAAAACCUUUGGAGCGGAGGUCCAGCCUGCCAAUCCCUCCUGUUCUAACUCCAACCGGCUCACCAAGCAACACGCCCAAAAGCAACCUCAACACCGUCACUCGCUCAAAAACCUUUGCAGUAAAGACAAAGACCCAUGGGAGCACCACGGCGAGCCACGGUACUCGGUCCUCUUCGCUGACUGCGUUGGUCAAGUCCACUCAGGCACCGUCGCUGGGCUCCGUCAUCAACACAAUUUCAGGCAUAAAAAUGGACACUUUGUUGUCAGGACCCAAAAUUAAUGUGCUGAAGUCGAGCGUGAAGCAGGCGGCGAACGUGGCCAGCAAAAUGUGGGACGUCGUGGCAUCAGCUUACUCGUACUCUGAUGAUGAGGACGAACAUCCUCAAGGUGGCCAUGAUUUCCCCGCCCGACUGGACGAACGCAUACGGUCCGAGCACGACGUGAACGAGAGUCCUGAGAAAAAAGUCGGCCCCAGUUUAGUUUCGAACGGUCUAAACCAGAGCUGCACCAGCCUGGGCAGCGAUGGCAGUGGCAGCAGCGACACCGGCCGAGGAACGCAACAGACACACCCGACUCCAGGACGUUCUGGCAAGUGUCCCGACUCCGAGCAGAGCUCCUCCUCCAGCAUCUCCCAGAACUGUGCACUUGAGGUGCUGAUGUCCAGUUGCUCCCAGUGCCGCUCCUGUGAAGCUCUGGUUUACGAUGAGGAGAUCAUGGCGGGCUGGACGGUGGACGACUCGAAUCUCAAUACCACUUGUCCAUUCUGUAGAACGGCCUUCCUGCCUUUACUGCACAUCGAGUUUCACGACCUGCGCUUAAUGCCCGAUUUUUACAUGAAUCCCAGUGCCUCAGGAGAUAGUUUACACACAAGCAGUACUCAGCCCACAGCCAGCAGUCCAGCCGAAAUCAAAACACCAGGUUUAAUCACGUUCACUGAGGAGGAGCCUAAGGAGACUCCAGAGAAUCAACCCACAACACAAAAGAGUCUGAUUCCAGAGCCGGUCCAGUCUGACCCACUGGGUCUGCUGGAGCACCAGGCAGCGGGGAAGCAGCAGAAAUCAGGCGGGACUUCGCUCACACGCAGCAACAGUGUUGGAGGUCCGCUGCAGAGCCUGGACUACUCCCAGAGACCUGGACACGGGGCCUCCACCACCAGCCUGCCCUGCAGUCUGCAGGAGGUGUCGGAUGUCAUUGGGAAGAUACGUGUGAAUCCCAAGCCCGUGUCUGUACCGUACCUGAGCCCCCUGGUUCUACGGAAGGAGCUGGAGACCCUGUUGGAGAACGAGGGCGAUCAGGUUAUCUACACGCACAAGUUCCUGAGCCAGCAUCCCAUCAUCUUCUGGAACCUGGUGUGGUAUUUCCGUCGCCUGGACCUCCCCACUCACCUGCCGGGUCUCAUUCUUAACUCCGAACACUGCAACAACGGAGUGCAGCUUCCCCUGACGUCUCUGUCCCAGGACAGUAAACACGUGUACAUACAGCUCCUGUGGGACAACAUCAACCUGCACCAGGAACCCGGAGAACCUCUUUAUCUGCUCUGGAGAACCUUCAUGGAAAAGAAGGGGACCCUGGCUCCAACGGACCACCAGGAGAUCCGAACCCUCCUCAACACCAUCGUUCGCAACAUCACCACCAACGACGUAUACGGUCCUAUCAACCUACUGAUCCGAGAGCUCAAACGGCGUCCAGACGGCGUUAAACGACAGAGGAGCCUUUAUAGAGAGAUCCUGUUUCUGUCAUUGGAGGCCUUGGGACGGGAGAACAUCGAUGUAGAGGCCUUCGAAAGGGAGUACCACCUGGCCUACCAAGGGCUGAGCCCAGAGCAGCUCAAGUCUUUGCACCGCAUCGAUCACCCACCCACUCUCUGUGACAUGUGGUGUCUUAAAAAUUUCGGACCCCUCAUUAUCUAAACAGCAGGGAUGCAAAACCUCACCGGUCAGCAGUGAGAAGAAGAAGAGUGAACUUUUUAUUUAAAAAGAAAAAGUCUAUAUCCCCAGUUUCUAAACACGGUACUUGCGUCUUAAGCUGCUGUUUUCCUGCCUUUCUGAAGUCUUUCUAUACGCCGCCGUCAGUUUGGGAAUGUUUUUGCUCGUAGUGAAUAUUCUGGAUUAAGCUGAACCACGUUUCUGUACAUUUACUCCACAGACUGAAUGGACCUCCUCCUCUGUGUGUGUAGAUGUGCAGUCUCAGUCCUCCUUUUCUUCUUCCCCACAUCAGAUCAGUGUGAGCCGUUCCAGAAACCAGACUCCUCCUUUGUGUACUUUCUGAAAAAAACUUUUUUUUUGUUUGUUUUGUACAUAUUUUUCAUUCAGUUGUAAAAUCUGAAACCAUAGUUGCCUCUUUUUUUUUUUUUUAUUACGAGGCAGCGCUCAAGUCUGUGUGCAAACAGGCUGGAGGCCGCAGACAAUCCCCAGUCGCUAAAAAUGGAUUCGCAACAUUCCUGUCACCCCGCGAUCGAAGCGGGCCUAACGUAAGUAUCGAUCGCCGCAGCAACGCUUAACUGCGUUUGGAUCGUUGGAAAACAUCGAGCAGGAACGUGCGCCACACUACUGAUCCUGGAACACCCAAACAGAGCUGUCGCAGACAAAGAUGUGAAGCCCGGCUUUGAAUUUCUGCCGUUUUAACAGCAAACAUCCCGCACCUGUAACUUCUAACAUCCUGAACUGUGUUGCCUUAGAGCUGAUGUGGACUCGGCCUUUUGGUUUCUCUAGCGUAGAUGUGCUUAACGUAGAACUAUUACAAGCAGACGGUGUAGUUUUAACGUUUCCGGUGCUUCUGAAUAGGAAGCAGGACUUUACAGAGCAGAGGGAUUUUCCCUGAAACUGUGAUGAGAAGGAAAAAAAAAAAGACUUUGACACGACAUUCCACUGAAUAAUGAAGCAGACGAUAAAUCAGAGAAGUGCUGCGAUGAACUGUUGGGAAAAAGAGUUAUUAUAGAUUGAACUAUUUUUAUGUCCGAGGGCGUAACUUGUACAGAUGAGGUGAUGUAAAAAUGCUCCUUUUGCACUGCUUAGAUUCAAAUCUGACCUUAACCACGGUGAGGAUAAAAGACUAAAAAUCAUUAACACCGCUUUUUUUCU